AUGGGAAAAACAUCUGCUGAAGCCGACAGGAAAGACUUUGAUACACGCGAUGCCUCUUCAUUGUCGCUUCCUGCUGGUGCCCAUGACGCUGCCGAGCCGGUUGCCGACUCUGGAGAGGGCAAGCUGAAGAUGAUCGUAGGGCUUGUGAAGAAGUGCUUGGGAGUUAAAGAUAUCGCGACCAUGCGUAUUUCUUUACCAGCUUCCCUCCUGGAGCCAAUCCCCAAUCUAGAGUACUGGAACUAUCUAGAUAGACCUGAUGUUUUCGCAACAAUAAACGACUCCGACGACAAUCUGAUGAGAAUGCUGGCCGUACUCCGCUUCACGUUUACCAAGGAUCUCAAGUUUGUUCACGGCAAGAUAUGCAAACCAUACAACUCGGUCCUUGGGGAAUACUUCCGAUGCCAUACAUCUGUCACUCCAUUGAAGUAUCCUGCCAACCCUAACGAGCCACCUAUUUUCCCGGCCCAUACGCUUAUUUCCUCUAAUUCCUCCCUCGCUCCACCCGACCAAGUUCCGAGUGAAACUGCCAGCGUCCGUUCCACUACAUCCACCAGUGGCCCCAAUGCCGCCCGUUCACAUAAGCACCGAUCAAGCGCUGGCGCAGCAGCCGGUAUACCCGGAUCGGGGGAUGACUCUAACGAAGUCGAGGGCGCUUCGGCAGGCGAUGAUCGAGUUCGUGUAGUGUUUCUAACUGAGCAAGUCUCGCACCAUCCACCCAUUUCCAGUUUCUAUAUCACAGCUCCAGAGCGGGGCAUCGAAGCGUGUGGUGUAGACCAGAUAUCGGCAAAGGUCGUAGGCACAUCCGUCCGCGUAACUCCUGGAUCUUCAAACAAGGGCAUUUUCAUUAACAUUACCAAAGGGCCAGGGAACGGGGAAAAGUAUCGUGUAACCCAUAAUUCCGCCAAUGUCAACGGGGUCCUACGUGGGCAGUUUUAUGCUACGAUGAGUGAUUCUACCAUCGUCACUUGUGACCGCCCAGGAAAUGAUAGCCUGCGGGCUAUCAUUGAGUAUAAGGAAGAGUCUUGGAUUGGCAGGUCGCAAUUCCUUGUUGAGGGUGUAAUUCAUUCAUACAACCCAUCGGAACCCGAUGAAUGUGCAUCAUGGACGAAGGUCAAGAGCGUUCCCCAGUCACGUGUGGUCGCUACUUUUGAUGGCACCUGGCGAGGUCUGAUCAAGUGGAAGCGUGUCGGAUCGUCGGAAACUUACCCACUGGUUGACCUCUCUAACCUCGCGGUGCUUCCCAAACAUGUUCGCCCUGUCGAAGAGCAAUUGCCGAACGAGUCUCAUCGACUGUGGGAGCAUGUAACCAAGAACCUUCUAUCCAAGAACUACAGCGAAGCAACCCGUGUCAAGCAAAACAUCGAGCAGCAACAAAGGGAUGAUGCUGCCUCAAGGAAAGCGAGGAAUGAAGAGUUCGUACCCGUGUAUUUCGAGCAGGAUAUCUCAAACGGACAACCAGUUCUGACUGCUGAAGGACGCAAGGCCGUGGAGGAGGAACUGACGUUGGCUGCUUCCUUGCCAGUCUCGUAA